UCCGGCGGGGCCUGGCGCGGUCAUGGCGGAGCUGACGGACGCGGAGCUCCGCAAGGAGCUGCUGGCGCUCGGCUACCGCCCGGGGCCCAUCACCGCCACCACCCGCAAGUCCCCGCCGGGCCGGGGCGGAGGCGUCAGGGCUGAGGGGAGCCGGUCCCGGGACAGCCUCGGGAGGCUGAGCCCUUCAGAGCAGUGGGGGACGACUGUGGAGAGAGGUGGCGGUGGGCUGGGGACAUCCCUGGCUGGGCACGGGGGGUUGAGUUCCCCCUCGCAGUGGGACACGUCCAUAGAGAGGAGCGGGGGCCUUGGGCUGGACAGGGCCGGGGAGCUGAGCUCUGCGUCCCAUUGGGAGACAUCCAGAGAUGUUGCAGAGCACGGCCGGGGGCUCAGCCAGGGGCUGGGGGCGACCCUUGAUGGGUUUCGGGGCUCCUCGCUGCAGUGGGGCGCCUCAGAGAGGAGUGGGGGACUCAGCAGUGGCCUGAGACCGACCCUGGACAGGUUUCGGGGGUCAAACUCCGCAUCCCAGUGGAGCCCCUCAGCAGAGAGGAGCGGGGGGCUCAGCAGCCGGGCUGGCUCAGGGUUGGAUGGUGUUGGGGGGCUGAGCUCCACGCCCUACUGGGCCUCCUCAGCAGGCUCCAAACCCCUUCCCAGCGAGGAGGAGUCCAGGAGCCACUGGGGGACAUCAGGAGGGGGAAUUGGGGCACAGAGCUCCCGGGCUGCCUGGGACACGGCGGGGGAGAGGAGGGGGCUCUCCUCCAACAUGUGGUGGAGACGGGAGAGCGAAGUGACCCCCAGCACCCAGUGGGGCUCCUCAGCGGCCCCCGGGAGGUUCAGCAGCCUGUUCAGGAGAGGGAAGGAGGACCUGGCUUCCAGCGUUGGGAAGGAGGCAGAGCGGGAUGCGGGCAGCCGGGCUGGGGGGCUGAUCCGGCGCUUCCCGUGGCGGGCAGUUGGCGAUGGGGGGCAUGGAGUGACCCCACGCACGGCCCUCCUGCGCUCAGCGCCGAGGCAGCAGCCGGAGGGGAAGGGGAAGGGCCUGGAGUAUUACCUGUCCCAGUUCCUCUGCCUCGCCACCUUGGUGCUGCUCCUGAUUUUUCUGGGCAUCCUCGUGGUGAAGAUGGUUGGGUCAGGCUGGCUGGACGGGAGCGAGGAGAGCUUUAAUCUCUUGCCUGUGGAUUGUGACAAAAGCACGGAUGAGUUCUGUCAGGCCAAGCACAAGGAUGUGACCAUGGCCGUGCUGCACGAGCUCUACAAUUACCUGUCCGUGCAGGCAGGUAAUUUUGAAUGUGGAAACCCUGAGAACUUAAAAAGCAAAUGCAUUUGGGUUAGUGAGGUGAAGGAUCACGUGCUGAAUGUAACUGGCAGUUCCUCACAGAAGUUUGAAGCUGCCCUGCACUGGAUACUGAACAGCAACAAGGAUUUGGGAAUUUGGUUGAAAGGCAGGGACCUGUCAGAGCCGGUUUCCAGCGUGGAGGAAGUGUUCUGCCUGGAAUCUGCCCACCCCCAGAUGGGGCUGGGCUGCCGCUUCCGCCGGGCUGUGGUCACGGCCAUCAGGAACCUCUUCCUCUUCUUCUGGAGUCUGAUAACCCUUUGGGGGAUCCUGCUCUACCUCCGGUAUCGCUGGCGGAAGAUGGAGGAGGAGGAACAAGCCAUGUAUGAAAUGGUGAAGAAGAUCAUAGCUGUUGUCCAGGACCACUACAAGGAAUGGGAGCGGAAUUUGGAGCGUUACCCCUACGUUGGCAUCUUCCACGUCCGGGACAGCCUGAUCCCUCCUCAGAGCAGAAAAAAGAUGAAGCGGGUGUGGGAGAGAGCCGUGGAUUUCCUGGCCUCCAACGAGUCCCGGAUCCAGACAGAAUCCCACAGGGUGGCAGGGGAGGACAUGCUGGUGUGGAGAUGGACUCAGCCCUCGUACCUGUCGGACUCGGAGCACUGAGGCAGCAGGAGGAGCAGCCGUGGAUCUGGGUGGGGACAUGGACCCUGUGCAGGGCUCAGGCCCCUCGCUGCUGGGGGAGGAGCAGGGCCUGGCCCCAGGGUUGGGGGUUACACGGCUCUGUUUGCUCUCACUGCUGAAACUCUCCAAACACACACGUUCAGGGCAAUAUCGGCUUGGAAAGAAGAAGGGCUUGAGCUGGUGGGAAGCUGGAAUUGCACCAAAGUGAGCCUUCCACAGAGACCUGGCUCCCGUGGCAAGCAAAGAAUACACAAAGGAUACAAAGAAUAACUGCACAGCCCUCUCGAGGGCUGGGGGGCUCUGCCAGAGCCUGGGGGUGCAAAAUCUGACCUCAGUUCUGCAAAGGCCAACUGGUGGCAGAGUCCAUCAAGGAAUGUGCUGAAAGAUACCAUUUCCCAUGGAAACAUUUGGGUGGCAGUGCAGGCGUGUCUUUGUUUGCGUUUGUUUUUAUCAGUGCAAAGACAGCAAGGAAGCACUUGCUGCUUCCCAGCAAGGAGAAUGUUUUGUGUUGGCUUCAUCCAUCCAAAAUUGGGGGAGAAGGGGGAAGGUGGGCCUGGAGAGAGGGGGGAGCCUGACGUGCCUUGGUGGUUUGGGCUGGGCUGGGGGUGGUGGAGGAGAGUUUGUGACCCUGUUAUACUUUUAAGUCUGCAGUCUGUGUGCUUUUAUUAUUUUUAGGGGGCUUGGGGGGGGAUUUGGGUGGGAAAUAAAGGAUAUAGGAAGCUUUUAAAGGCGCUUUCCUGUGGCUGCAGCCCAGGACUGCCCAGUGGUUGUUACAGAGCAGCUUUGGGAGGGCUCUGAGGGCUCAGUGUUCAUGUUUGAGCUGGGCAGCUGCAGUGUCUGUGUUCGUGUCGGAGCAGGGAUGUGCCAGCUCGGGGACUGUCGCUGUUCCUGCAGCCCCCUGCGGGUCCCAGGAUUAGCCUGGCUCUGUCCCAGCCCUGCUGCAUCGUAUCUCGUGUCUGUAAUCACUUCAGCUUCUGUUUCUGUCCAGUGAAGGAACGUUUGUUUCCCAGGAAAUGACACCAGUGUGUGGCAGUUCAGGCUCGGCAGAGGAGCUGCUGCUCUGCUCUUCCCAGGGCUCUGCAGCAGCUCCUGAGGCUGCAGGACUCAGAUCCUUUGCUGGCCUCGGGCAGAAGUUGCAGAGCGAAGCCAGCAGUGAUUUGAGCCCUGUAGCCCCUGGAUGUUGCUCUCCUUGAGGACAUCCUGGGGCUGGAUGCUCAGAUUGCUCCUGCCCCAGGCUCUGGGCUGGCUGAGGGCACAGCCCUGGGCAGGUGAUGCCACUCCAGGUGUGCUCCUUGUGCCUGGCAGAGUCUGCAGCUCUCCCCACGUGGGGCGUUCCACUGGCACCCCUCGUGCUGCUGGGGCCACGGAGACUCCGUAUGGCUGGAGCAGAGCUCUCCAGGAGCAAAACCAGGAGAUCUUUCCCAUUAAAUGGGGAAUAUCCUGCAUGAAAGUGGCUCUGGCCCCAAACUUUUGGGUGUGGGUGUUUGGGCAGGAGACUCAACAGCUCUUUGAGGCAAGGACCAGCCCCUUGCACUGUAAUAAAUAGGGAAUAAAGGCAACCUUGAUUCUUCCAAAGUGUAUCAAGAUCAUCACUGCUGCCAGAGAAAUUCUCUCAAAACACCGGUGCCUCUGUUCUUAAACCUUUUUAAACUCUUGGUGGGGUUUGGGUGAGCUUUUUUAACCGUCCAGAAGUGCAGAGUCAGGCAUUGCUGUCAUCCUUUUGUAUUAAACCUGGUUUUGUAGAACAGACUUCAAUGGCUUGGUGCUGUUUCUAUGUUCCAUUUAGCUCUGUAAGAAAUCAAUAUCAAAAAUAAAUUUAUUACAAAUAA